AUGGCACAGGAUGUGGACCAUUCGCUUCUCCAGUCUCCAGAUUCCCAACCUUCUUUAGAUAAUCGACCGUCGGGGAUUCCGUCUCCUGCAAAAUGGACCUCGGAACAGUCCGCCCUCGCUCUGAACGGGCAACACGGCGAUCGCCUGCCCACGGAGCCUUUUCCAAAUGGUACGAUGGACCAGCUCUCUAGCAUGUCGCAAAUUCCGGAGGAAUCGGAAAUGGAAAACGGGGUGGUUCAUCCGCAACAACAGCAACCACAGCAACAGAAAGCGUCGAGGACCCUUCCCGGUAGGUCAAUCCAAUUGAGAAAGGAACCCCCUCUCUGCACGAAGCGCUUACCGAUGUCGAUGCCCUGGCAGCUUGGAUUCGGUCUGUCGAGUACCCGGAAGAUGAAACAGAGGCUUCUGUCACGUCGCGUUUAUUGCCUUCGAGCCCCCAUGAAGCCGUCGUUGCGCAGCACAAUCAUUCGCCUCAUGCGACUAGACGGCCGGACCCUCCAUUCGCAGAUCGAGGCGAUUUAG